UUCGCUUUCGAUAUUCUUUUGUAAUGGUCAGCCUAACAAUCGCGUAACAACUAAAAAUGUAGCAUCGCAGGAAAUCUUUACACAGUUCUGGAGAAGUCUGGGUUAGUCAACAUCAAACUGCAUUUGCGGCUGCAGAAUCAUUCAUCUAUGCUUUGGGACCAUGGAGGAAUGGUAUGAGUGGGCCCCGAUUCAGAAUGGUCCAGCAUAAUGACUCUGAACAUACAGUUGCGCCACAGGGCCCACCCAAGCCGGCCGAGCCCCCUAAACCCUGUUCCGACCCCCCGACACACUUUCAGCCCUUUCGGGACCAGCAGGAAUGUGACCUCAUCACCCAGGCUGUGGAUUACUUGAAACAAAGUGGAUUUUACUGGGGUCCCAUGGAAGCAGAUGAAGCUCAUGCACAACUGGCCAAACUCCCUCUGGGGAUGUUCCUGAUCCGGGACAGCAUGCAGGCAAAUGUUUUCUUCACUCUCAGCUAUCGGGCUCCCGAGGGCCCGACCAGCGUGCGGGUGCUCCUAAAAGGAGGAGGAUUCAGUUUAGCAGGGAGUAAACAUACUUUCUCUUGCCUUUUCCAGCUGCUUGGAUACUAUAUUGCGUCCCCAAAAAAGAGUCUGACUAUGCCGUAUCGUGGAGAUGCGGCGCAGAGCCUACAAGAGCUGGCAAGAAGAGCUGUGGUCCAGAGUUAUGGGAAAGAUAGUAUUCACCAGCUGCCUGUGAGCAAGAAACUUAAAGAAUUUCUGUGGUUGUACCCUUUUAGUAUAUGAAUGUGUGUUGUUUAUUUGAAGUUGAAGUUACAGAUGUUGCAGCUAUUUUAACAUAGCACCAUUUAUUUGAUCAUUUCAUAGGAUACUGUGCUCUUCAUUGACCCAACUAGAACAUGUAUUUACUAUUUAUGUGUGUAGUGAUCGUUUAGACUAUUCUCUGGUAAUAAAAGCACUACAAAAUGUUUUAUUUGACAUAUCAGCACAACUCCACCUUUGGCCUUCGAUUGUUUUAAAACAAUCACUCUGGUACUGGGUCAGUUUGUAUUUGUGUUAAAUUAACGAUUUGACAACGUAGUUACUUUUAAAUAGUAUUGUUUGUCUUUAAAUGUAAACCACUGACCAUGGGCACUGGUGAUGUCAAUAUCAGUAUGAAUAUUUAAAGAUUUUAUAUGGGUACAUAUAUACAAUAUGUGGACUAUAUAAUCUAUAGUAUGUCAAUGUCAUUCUGCUAUGCAGAAAAAUGCAUUUCACCUAAUGAAACUUAAAGGUUUUUUUUGUUUGUUUAGGAUUGCGUUUUAUUAAUAAAGAUAAAUUAUUUGAAGCGA